AGAACAGGGUAAAUAUCAGAUAAGGAAAGAUCAGAUUUUCUUGUUUGAUUAAAAAGCAUUGACAUCCAAAGCCCUGAACACUUGUAUCUUCUCUGCUAUUUUGUCAAAUUCGGUUGCCGAUUCCUCUUGGAAACACAAAGGAGAACGAUGGGAGCAAAGCUGCGAAUUUCAGAAUGCAUAUCAAUCGCAAGCAAGGCCUCAGCAAUACUAUGUAUCUUAAUGGCAGGACUGGUUUGGCCUCGUUCCUUGCAGCCAAGAGACGGCUGCUUCAUGUCAUCGUUCAUUUCUCCUCUAAUGGGGGAAGAAAACUUUGUGUUUCCAAAGGAAGCAUUGCCUACAGAAUCUGGAUAUCUAACUGUGAAUGCAACAUCCAAAGCAAGAAUGUUCUAUGCAUUUUAUGAAGCCAUAGAGCCCACUACAUCCAUUGCACAUACACCAAUAAUCUUAUGGUUACAAGGAGGACCCGGUUGCUCAAGCAUGAUUGGGAAUUUCUACGAACUUGGGCCAUGGAGGGUUUCCUCAGACCAAAAACUCCAUAAAAAUCAAUCACCAUGGAAUCAAAAGUUUGGUGUUUUGUUCAUUGAUAGUCCAGUGGGUACAGGCUACAGUAUAGCUGAGAAGUUUGAGGACAUUCCUGUUCAUCAUAACCAGGUAGCAGAACAUCUCUUCGAAGCUUUGAAGGAGUUUUACAGCAGUAAUACGGAUUUCAAAAACCGGGUCUUAUUUGUAACAGGUGAGAGCUAUGCAGGUAAGUAUGUUCCUGCAUUGGGUCAUUAUAUUUUAAUGAAAUCUAAAAUGGGUCAAACAGAUAUGAUGAAAUAUGAAAUGGGUCUAAGUGAGGAUGGAGAAUUGAAUCCAUUUGAUGAUGGUGGUAUAAAUUUUCCAUUCAAACUUGGAGGGCUUGUUAUUGGUAAUGGAAUAACAGAUCCAGAGGUUCAGGUCCAGUCCUAUGCUAAUGUGACAUACAAUUUUGGCCUGAUUGAUGGAAAACAGAGGAGGUAUAUUGAGGAAUUUGCAGAACAGAUUGUAGGUUUUAUUCAUAAGCAACAGUGGUUUGAUGCCUACCAGGCUAGGACAGCUUUAAUGGACUGGAUUCAGAAUGUCACUGGUAUUGCCACCCUUUUGGAUAUGAGGAGGAGUGUCCCAUACCAUUGUUCCCCUGAUGGGAUGGAAUUCCUUGCCCCCUUUCUGAAUCAGAAUUCUGUGAAGGCUGCUUUGAAUGCUGAGCAGAGUACAAAUUGGGUCUCCUGUAAUCUCAGGGUCCGAAGGGCUAUGGCAAAUGAUACAAUGAAGAGUGUGAAAUGGAUGGUGGACAAGGCAUUAGAGGAGGUUCCUGUUUUGCUGUAUCAGGGCCAGUAUGAUAUCAAAGAUGGUGUUGUGAGUAAUGAGGAAUGGAUGAGAACACUAAGGUGGGGAGGAAUUGGGAAGUUCUUUGAUACAGAGAGAAGCUUAUGGUAUGUGGGUGAUAAACUUGCUGGCUAUUGGAAGUCUCAUGGAAAUCUUAGCCAUGUUGUGCUUCUAGGUGCUGGUCAUGAGGUUCCAGCUGACCAAAGUCUUCACUCUCAGAAAAUGGUUGAAAAAUGGAUUGCAGAGCAUCUAACUUCUUCAGCAAAAGUGAGCGAUACACUCUUUCAAGAAGUGGCAGAACCCGAGUUUAAACUGUAGUGCUAAAUUUAGGAUUCAUGGUUAGGAUGAAUUUUUAUGUUACUUAGAUACAUUAACACUGUUUGUACAAAUAAUAAGCUCUCUUUUGCUAUGAAAGCUAUCCUUUUUCGUUAA